GAGGCGGGGUGGCCAUGGCGGAGGCCGCAGCGCUGAGGGCGGUGAGGGGCUGCCUCGCCACCUUCCCGCGGGACGCCCGCGAGCUGGGGUGGAUGGAGUCCGUGCCCUAUCUCGAUAGGCCUCCGUCCCCGCUGGAGUUUUACCGAGAAUGGGUGAGCCCAAAUAAACCUUGUAUCAUUCAGAAUGCCAUCAGCCACUGGCCAGCUCUGAAGAAAUGGACCUCAGCGUACCUCAGGGAGGUGGUAGGGCCCAAGGUCGUGAGCGUGGCCGUGACACCAAACGGUUACGCAGACGCCGUGUUCCGGGGCCGCUUUGUCAUGCCAGAGGAGCGACAAAUGCCUUUCACAGACUUUUUGGACAUUGUGGAGAAGAAAGUGACCUCUCCCAACGUGUUCUAUGUGCAGAAGCAAUGUUCAAACCUCACUGAAGAGUUCCCUGAGCUUGUCUGUGACGUGCAGCCUGACAUACCCUGGAUGAGCGAGGCCCUUGGGAAGAAGCCUGAUGCUGUGAAUUUCUGGCUUGGGGAAUCAGCUGCAGUCACAUCUUUACAUAAAGAUCAUUAUGAGAACUUGUACUGUGUGAUAUCUGGAGAGAAACAUUUCCUACUGCACCCACCAAGUGACCGUCCCUUCAUCCCGUAUGAGCUCUACCAGCCAGCAACCUACCAGGUGUCAGAAGAUGGCUCAUUUGAAAUUGUGGAUGAGAAGAAUGCAGAUCAGGUACCCUGGAUCCCUCUGGACCCGUUGAACCCAGAUCUGGAACAGUACCCAAAGUACGCUCAGGCAAAACCUUUGCAGUGCACAGUGAAAGCUGGUGAGAUGUUAUACCUGCCCUCUCUGUGGUUCCAUCAUGUUCAGCAAUCACAUGGCUGUAUAGCAGUGAAUUAUUGGUAUGACAUGGAAUAUGACCUCAAGUACAGCUAUUAUCAGCUACUAGAUUGUCUCACAAAAGCUGUGGAAGUGUUGUAGCAGAGGUGGGAUCUCUCUGGCUGAUGUGAUACAGUCAUCAGCAUCAGUGAUGGAAGUACAAACAUGAUUCAGGUGAAAAGAACUGAACGUUAAAGGACCCUCGUCAAUGUCCAUCAAACAGGUCAUGGCUGUUUUGCUUCGUUUCACAGUCCAGAUCCGUUGGCCAUGACUUUUGGCUUUUAAGUAGAGGUUUGCUAAGAGCAUUUGUAGGUCUUUGCACGUUGCCUGAGUGAUGGUGAGCAAAAUAAAAUUGGAAGGGAAGCAAUCCAGCUUUUGGAAAUGCCAAACCAGAAGCCACAACUGUUUGUUCACAUCUAGAGAUUGUUUUCAUAACAAGCCAGCUGGACAAGGAAGGAUCUGCUCUGUGCAUCAGGCUGCCUAAGGCAAAAGUCCUGUCCAGUUGCAAUUCACCAAGUUCAGUGUCUACGGUGUCUUGAUGAUGAGAAAUCUCAACUUCUGCAGUAAAAGGAGCUGGUCCAUUCCCUGGACUGAUCGAUUUGUAUGGAUCUGGAGGAGGUCUUGUCGAAUACAGAGCAAGUCUUCUAGCUAGCAGAGG